CUAUAACAUGGUUUAUAAACACAGAGAUAGGGUUUGUUUCUGCUGAAUGAGUGAGUGGAUGAAGCAAACAUGUCGUUCAGCUUCUUCUUCCUGCUACUCAGCCUGGCUCUGACUGGAGCCAAGUUGUCAGGUGACACAGAGGUGGACGUGGACGACGGACAUGACUGGGACAUGGACAACAUCAACCAAGCUGCAGGACUGGACCUGCUGGAGGGCGACAUAGAGCAGGGGAUGCCCACAAAGAACUCCAUCCAGGGAGAAGAGUUCCGUUGGCCCAGAACUGUUCCUUACAUCCUGGAGGACAGUCUUGACAUGAACGCCAAAGGAGUGAUCCUAAAGGCCUUUGACCAGUACCGAUUAAAGACAUGCCUGGACUUUACACCCUGGAGUGGAGAGAAGAACUACAUCUCUGUAUUCAAAGGCAGUGGAUGUUUCUCCUCUGUUGGGAACCAGAACGUUGGAAAACAGCGACUAUCCAUCGGUAAAAAUUGUGAUCGACUAGGAACUGUUGAGCACGAGUUCCUGCACGCACUUGGAUUCUGGCAUGAACAGUCCCGAGACGACCGAGACGACUAUGUCACCAUCAUAUGGGAUCAGAUUGAACCUGGUAAAGAGCACAACUUUAGGAUCCGUGACGACUCAGAGUCCAGUUCUCUGGGCGUUCCCUACGACUACGGUUCUGUGAUGCACUACAGUAAGACCUCCUUCAAUGUGGGCUCCGAGCCCACCAUCGUCACCAGGAUCCCACACUUCAGAGACGUGAUUGGUCAGAGGAUGGGUUUCAGUGCUAACGACCUGGCUAAACUCAACCGUCUUUACAACUGCACUCAGUCCUCCACCUUCGUGGACAGCUGUGAUUUUGAGGAGGAGAACAUCUGUGGGAUGGUGGCAGAAGGAGAGAACAACAUGUGGGAACGUCGCAGCUCUGUGAGCGCAGGACCACAAACCGACUUCAGUCACAUGGGUCAAUGUCCAGGACAAGGUCACUUCAUGCACUUCAGCACAGCCUCUGGUGAUUCUGGGAAGCACGCUGUUUUGAAAACCCGCUGGUUUUACCCCAAACCAGGGCCUCAGUGCAUGCAGUUCUUCCUCUUCAACAGUGGAGGAGCUAACGAUCUUCUCCAAGUCGGGAUGCAAGAAUACAACAACGCAGAAAUCAUUUUUGGAAAAAGCAUUUCAGGAGGUGUCAGAGGUUCGUGGGAGCUCCACUUGGUGGAGAUGAACAUGACAAAGAAAGCUCGUGUGAUCUUUGACGCUAUGAAGGGAACCAGCCUGUCGUCAGGAGGCUUGUCCAUCGAUGACAUCAACCUGUCCUCUAACAAAUGUCCUCAGCACGUCUGGCACAUUCCUGAUGUCACCGGCCAUAUGGCGUCCAGUCCAGCUGGGACAAAGAUCUACAGUCCACGAUUCCUGUCUCCAACUGGUUACUCUUUCCAGGUUGGCGUCUACCUGAACGGUCGUAGUGAUCGUCCAGGAUAUGUGGCCGUCUACCUCCAUCUGACCUCAGGACCCAACGAUCACCUGCUGAAGUGGCCCUGUCCUUGGCACCAGGCCACCAUGGCCCUGAUGGACCAGCAGUCCGACAUCAGGCAGCACAUGAACAUGCAUCGAAUGGUCACCACUGACCCCAAGAAGAUGUCCUCUGAUGGAACCGAGUUCUACUGGGACAAUCCCAGGAAGGUGGGUUCUAAGGUUACGGACCCUGACGGCAAUGUUUACUACCGAGGUCCAGGAUCUGGUACCAGCACCUUCAUUACCCAUACACGACUGAGGAGCAGGAAGUUCAUCAAAGAAAACAGCACCUUCUUCCUGUUAAGUCUGGAAGAUAUUUCCAGUCUCCUGGCUCCUCAGCUUCGUUCUGCUGCUCAGGCUGAGGUUGGACCAGUGAAGGCUCUGGACCAUGGUUAUCCACAGGGAGGGAGGUUCAGGAACCCCUCAGUGUUUGUGGGUGUGGCAGUGUCUGUGGCAGCAGCAGUGUUCUUCAUGUUCUCCACACUGGUUGUGGUGGACGCCUGGAGGACGAGGAGGAGACCACGGCAGGAGAGUGGUGACGUGGAGAUGGUCCAGAACAUUCCUGGAACAGAAGAUCAAAGGAAGAGAGGCCAUGCCCCUUAGAUGACGACCCUGACUCCAAAUAUAAAUGAAAUAAAAAUCUAUCAAUUCACCCCAGAGAAAAUCUCCUAACAUGUCUGGAAUUGUCUGCACACAACCAAAUGUGACCUCUGUUUUUGACCCAUCACCAAAGUGAACAGUGGGGGAGCAGUGUGUGGACGGAGCCAUGACAGAGCACCUCAGUGGUGACUUGGCAGCUGGUGGACUCUUCCAGAACCAAGUCCGCUUCCUUAACAGCUAAGCCAACACUGCCCACUUUGGUCUGUUUAGGAGUUUGUCAUUUAAUUAAGUUAAUUAAAAAUAAUUUCAGCUAA